AUGCAUGACGCGUGGAAUUUGGCCUGGAAGCUCAAUUUCGCGACGCGCGGUCUUGCGAAGCCUGCUCUACUCGAAUCAUACGAGCAGGAACGACAGAAGAUUGCCAAAGACCUAAUCGACUUCGACUACGAGCACGCCAAUGCUUUUCACGACGGAGACCCCGUAGCGCUCGCGGCAAACUUCGCGAAGAACGUCGCGUUCAUCUCCGGCUACGGUGUCAGCUACGACCUCAAUACUGUCAACGUCCAAGCGAAGGGUUACAACAGAGGGCAUCUGAAACCGGGCUACCUGCUGCCACCUGCCAAGGUCACACGCUACAUCGAUGCCAAUCCGGUCGACAUCCAGACCGACAUACCUGCCCUCGGUCAAUUCCGCGUCUACUUCUUUACCCACAAUGUUCAUGCGUCCAUGCCAUUCUUGGAGAACGUGUGCCACUCACACAUAGGAAACAACUCAUACGUUGGCCGCGUAACAGCUGCUGGCAACGCCUCAUACACCAUGCAGCCACCUCUCGCAGCACCCCACGAUCAGUUCGUCUUGCCUGAGCGAUACACUCCCGUCAGUGGUGUCUUCACGUAUGCUCUAGUGACCGACGAGGAUCGCAACAACUUCGAAAUCCGAGACCUACCAGCCGUACUUCGCGAGUCCGCCUUCACAUUAUACCUCGAUGAUGUUCCAGACAAGGACACUCGGAAACAGACAUGCAUGGGCAAAUGGCUGGACGGUCUUGAUGAGAAGGAAGUCGUUGUUGUCAACGUACGUCCAGAUGGUUAUGUCGGAACAGUGCGGAGAUUCGCCGACGGCACCAGGGAGAACGGGAUGGCUGCUGUACAAUGGAUGGACGAAUACUACGAGCAGUUCCUGCGAGAUACGUAG